CACGACCUAGACCAUCAUCACUCCACACCCACCUUUCCACUCACCAGACCCGCCGCCAUCCACGGCUAUACAAAGCACACUCCACCUGGUUGUCCUUCGUAAACCCAAACAUCUUCACCCCAUACCAAGGCUCCACUCACUUCGGUCCCUACUCUCUCCCUAGUCCUCCUCACCUUUCUCCUUCAGUCACCGCACGAAUGCUAGAAGGCAGCAUGACGUUCAAGUCAGUGUCAACAUCGGGCUCAGAGUCCAGCAAGGCAAGCUCGCUGUUUGACCUGGACGAAAAUGGCAAAAAAUCCAUCCUCGUAUACAAAUAUCGCUCUGGUGCAAAAGGCCUAGAGUUUAAAACAGAGGGCGAGCUCUGCGCCGAGCUUGAUAAUGACCCCUCAUUACCAUUUCUACGUGUUACAAGAAAGUCUAUACCUCGCGGUAACAGUCGACUCGACAUCCUCAACGAAGAUCUGCUAUCGCCCGCGGAGCGCGAAAAGUACGCAGAGAAACCCACCCUCAAGGCCUCGGUCGCCAACGUAGGCCUGCCCACGCUGGCAAGGUGGAAGCACAUGAUCCUGGGCAGCUACGACGACCUAUACAUUGUCUCACGGUUACAUACCCCUUCGCCCGAAUCAAGCAAAAACAAUAGUCCAGAAACCAGCCAGCAUGUUAGUCCUGCAGGCACGUUUCCUAAUGAGGCGCUGCAUGAUCGCGAUGCCUAGUGGUUAUGCAUGCCGCUCACCUAACGCCCUCUUUUACAACUAUACGUUUGGUCCACUUAUGAUUUAUCUUCGAUACCCGCCAAGCACGGCUUUGGAGUACGGCGCUAGAUGGAGUUUAUGGUAUCCUCGCGAUACAUGGUUGAAUAUGUUGGUAUCUUUAGUUUCUCUUUGGAAGGGUGCUAGAAUUAGCUCUCCAGAUAAAAAAUCCCAUGAGCCACGGCUCUCCUCCUACGUAUGACUGCU